CAGAAUUCACGUGGAUGGCCUGACCCGUCUACUCCGCACAAGCCAGCGAGAAUUUUAGGUCCAUGGUCCUUAAAUAUGCCCGACUAUGCCGCCAACAAGUCGGGAUGAAAUCGACGUUGCUAUUAUUUGCGCACUUCCGCUAGAGGUUGAUGCCGUAGACGCACUUUUUGAUGAAUGUUACGAUAAUUUGGAAGAGACGGAUGAAAAUGAACUGCGAAACUACAAUAUUUCCACGGUAGGGAGAAUUGGACGUCAUUAUGUAGCUUUGGUGCAGCUGCCAGGGAUUGGCAAGAGUAGCGCGGCUGGCGUCACUUCAACCCUCCUGUUGAACUUCACUGCUAUUCGACUUGUUCUCUUAGUCGGGAUCUGUGGAGGAGUACCUUUUCCAUCCAAAGGAACUGAGAUGUUACUCGGAGAUAUCGUUAUCGGUGACAGUGUAGUCGAAUAUGACUUCGGCAGGCGAUACCCAGCUGGUUUCGAGAGAAAAGGUGGCGAGAAAUGUAACAAUGACCGGAAUUUGAAAAGUUUCAUUGCCAACUUGAAAACCAAAAAGAUUCGGAAUAAGCUACAGGAUGACAUUUCUUCCCACUUGAGCUACCUACACAGUGUGGAAAGCGACUGGGCAUACCCAGGUAGUUCACAAGAUAUACUCUUCGAGGCAUCCUAUAAGCACAGCCAUCGCAAAGCAGGGGGAGAUAUAUUGUCGCCUUGUACUCUGUGUGAUUCCGACGAGCAAUCCUCGGUCUGUCAAGAUGCUUCGGUUGCGGAUUGCGAUCAGCUAGGAUGUGAUGGCGAGUUGGUCCAGCGGAAUCGACUGAAAGAGAGAGGUACAGCGCCAUUUAUUCAUUUUGGCAAAAUUGCCUCUGCCGAUACGGUAAUGAAGUCUGGGGAGGACCGUGACCGAUUAGCCCAUGAUGAAGGCAUAAUUGCAUUGGAGAUGGAAGCAGCUGCAGUCUGGGAUAACCUAGAUGGGAUACCCUGCCUCGUUGUAAAAGGUGUUUCUGAUUACGCAGACAGCCAUAAAAGCAAGCAAUGGCAAAACUAUGCAGCGGCAACGGCUGCAUCAUGCGCGAAGGCCCUUCUCGAAUCAUGGAGGCCUGGUCUGAAAAGAGGGCUAAGAAAACAUUUAUCCGCCGUGGACAAAAAUAAUGAUAUCCUGCCAGUGAUAUUUAGUGUUCCUGUCUUACGGAAUCAUCGAUUCUCUGGAAGAGAAUACCAGUUGAAACAACUUGAGGAAAUGGCUAGCCUGCGAUCGUAUACUUUAGAAAACAACUAUUCCUACCCCAUCACAGCUGUGUACGGUCUAGGUGGCAUAGGAAAGACACAGUUGGCUUCAGAAUUCGUAUUUCGAUGUAAUAGAAAGGACUCUAAGACUUCAAUACUCUGGGUAUCAGCGGCUAGUCUAGACGCGAUAAAUACCGACUUCAUUUCCAUCGGCAUUAAGUUGAAGAAACUUCUUAUUGAAGAUGAGAAUCAAAAAAAAAGCCAUACUCAACGUUCUACUCUUCUAACCCUCUCUGGUGUUGAACUUGUGAAAGAAUGGAUGUCCAUCCCAGGUAACAACUGGAUUCUCGUUCUAGACAAUUAUGAUGAUAUCAGCGUCAAUGUUCAACAGUUUCUGCCAGAACAUUUACCUGACCAUAAAUUAUCUGGGAUGGUUAUCAUAACUACGCGGGAUAAACGAGUUGUUGGUCCAAUUGCAACAUCGGGCUUCGAACUGCCACAGAUGGGAUUUGACACGAGUAUACAACUGUUCCUAAGAUUACUUCAGGGUGAUGCCACUCAUGAAUGCGAAGACUAUUGGACUCAUCCAGAACACGAAACUGUUCAACGCAUUGUUCAGGAGCUACAUGGGUUUCCUUUAGCGAUUGACCAGGCUGCAGCUUUUAUUCGCGAGAAUUCUCCUACUUUUUCUGAGUAUCUCCGAUAUCUUAUGCAAGCAAGCGAUCGGGAACUUCUAUUCAGAUUCAAGCAAGUAAAUCCGACCUACCCAGAAUCUAUCAUGACAACUUGGGAGAUCUCAUUCAACUAUCUCGCAAAAAAACACCCAAGGGCAUCAGAGUUACUCCAGAUUCUAGGAUUCUUCCAUCAUAGUCGAAUAUCUGAGAAGCUUCUUCUAAACGCGAUGGUUGAACGCCAAUGGGAAUUUACCUUUCUACCGCAAAGUCUCUCAUUGGAAUCUAAUAGAUUGCCCGAAAUGCGAUGCCUAACCCCGAACGCGGGUUUCAGAGUUGCGGUUGGGGUUUUGUGUGCAUUUUCGUUGGUCAAACGCGGCUUCACUGAACAUGAGCUCACUAUUCAUCCCCUCGUACACGAAUGGAUUAGGCUUCGGCUGAAUGGGAAUCGGGCUAUGCAGGCAAGGAUGUCUCUUUGUGCAGCCCUAGCAGUCUACCAGACAUUCCCCUUCGAGCUGGUAUUCGAUAAUAUGAAUGGAAGCCGCUCGGAAGCAUUAGGAAACGCGUUAUGUAAUAUCGGCUUGAUAUCUCCUCAUACCGAGCACAUUGCCCUAAACCUUCAGGAGUACUCGGACGAGGAACCUUCUCGUCCUGAAUGCAUUGCACUAUUCCUAUCAUUGCCACUGAUUAGGCGGGCUCACCCUAGUGCAUUCCGCUCUUUCAUGAGCAAACGUGCCUUUCACAAAGUUAAUGAUUGGUUACCAUCUUAUUUAAGCCGAGCUCCAACUCAAUAUCAUCCCGUAUUCUCGCUGAUAUGGACCAUUAACAAAUGGAAUGAGCAGGAGCAUGACAGCGACAUUUGGUCGCAAAGAGCAACAACCAUACUUCGCGUGCUCAAAGCUUCGCGGGAAAAGUUGAAGGCUCCACCCAUGAUAAUGCUAAUCUUGGUACAAGUACUCGUCGGUUUCUUCCGCUUUAAGUCAUCAUGGGGUAAACAGACGAUUGCAAAGAUGAGCUCUUCUGAUACGCUCGAGAUAGGAUCGUCGCAGGCGAAUAUUACCUUGAGCAGUGUCAGUGAAGAGACCCGCAACUGUACAGUCCAACUGAUUCAUAGCUUUCGGCAUACACUCGACUUCGAAACAGAUGAUCCAGUAUUUAAAGAUGCAAUCACUUUAUAUGCUGAAAUGAGAUGUGUGUCAUAUCUGUCGAUUACUGAGUUUUGGGAACAGGCACACGGACCGUUGAUCGAUGAUCCGCUAUCAAUGAAUCUAACGCACCUCAGUCAAAAGGACAGAUCCCUUUUGGUUUCAGUUGUCUGCAUGUUACAAUGGGAGAAAUAUAAGCUCAGGAAUUUCGAGGAUGUGCGACGAGUCUAUGAAUUUGGUAUAGCUCAAGCAACCAACCGUGCAACUCUGAUAUCUAAGGGUCUCCGACAGCAAGCAAAACAGGUUUGGGUUCCGAUUAGUAACUAUAUUAGCAACAGCUGGGGUAGAAACGGUUCUGAAUUUAUGGCGGCUGCGUCAAAGAGUGCUGAAAUGGAUGAUAUCAUAUCUCCUUACUUAGAAAGAACGGCCCUCGGUGUCAUCGAAUCCAUUUCUGAUCCUCAAAGUUACUGGAUUUCAGCAACAGGACCCAAGAGUGAGCCACAUCAAAUGAAGCUCGAAGAGAGGCGAUAUGCAAUAACACUCUUCAAACUGUGGAAGACCUGUCUAGCAGAACUGCAUUCUAUGAAAAUACUUGUAUACAAUAGCCAAUCCGUUCGAGCUGGGCUAAUGCGAGUGUCAUUAAACUUGAAUGAAUGGGAUACCGUACUUCGUGUGGUCGAUGGUAUGUUUCAACUUGACACGCUUGACUCAAAAUACGGUAAAGGUGGUCGGGCAGGCGCAAAAAGGCUCUGGGAACCGAGAACUACACAUACUGAAGAAUCAUCGUCAGUCUGGGCCGAUUCAAACAGAAUGGAAGAUUCCUGGAUAAAGAACAUUGUUAUUCGUUCUCUGGAAUUGUCAAAUCGUAACGCAGUUGAAAGAUAUCUUCUUUCGUUAAACCAGAAAGGACAGGGAAAUACCUAUCAGCAUGACACUGAGGUAGUGGCAAAAUCCGAGUCCUUCGCUGUCUAUAUAUUGGGACAAUACCCCGUCACGAACGCCAUUGAUACUUUACUUUCACCUUUCACGGAUGAAGCUCUUGAGGCCAUGACUAUCGCCCUUCACAAAAGCGGGAGGAUGAAAUCAACCACCUACCACGACACGAUGACUAGAUUGGAGUACAUUAUGCUACACUCAUCGGUUCUUGUUAGGUGUUUAGGUAGACUCGCCCUGCUAGUUUCUCUGUCUUACUUUCCUCGCCCUGCUUCAUCCAUGGAUAUCAAAGGCAAUACAGCGAUUCCGGAUGAAAGGUGAGUACGCACUUUCAUGUAAAGACUCGAGGACUAGAAAUGAUAGUCCUUAAAUUUGAUCACUGGUCACUAAUUUGUGAAAAGAAACGUUGUCCUAGAUGAUCUCUAUCUUCUUGAUGGCUGCAGGGAAGGUUUCACUCUUGCCGAAGAUAUUAGCAGAAGGUUUAAGGUUCAAGGAACACGGUUGAGGUCACCCCAUGACACAUCAGCAUCAGAGAGCAACUCCGAAGAUUCAUUUGGCCAAGAUGAGGAUCAUGUAAUAUAACCCACUUACAAAUCUUGUCUGAUUCUUUUCAAUAUGCCCUACCCCAAGUGCUGGAUAGUAGGUCACAAACCAUGAUAUAUAUGCUCUCCCCAAUGUAACAUUCAAUGUC